UGCCGCCUUCCUCGGGCUCCUCUCAAGCCAGGGGACUGAUCAUUGGUAUCGUCCUUGCUUCCGUCGUAGCCCUCGCCCUCUUGGGCGCCCUCGGCAUCACCUGUGCGAUCCGCUACCGUCGCCGUACGGCCUACCUCAGUAGCACAUACAACAACAAUUCGGGUUAUCGAGGCAACUUUAGUUCGAGCGGUAAUUAUCAAGGUGGUGGAUCUUCUGGGAACAGGACAAAUGAAAAGUCGGGAGGCAGCUCGUUGAAUCCGUUCGCGAAGAAUAAGCGGUCCAAAUCGUUCAACUCGCGUGCGUUGAAUGCGUACAAGGCGGGUGUGAUUGGGGCACUCAAGCCUAGAGGAACAACCUCGAAUGAACGGGAUGAACAGCAGUCUUCUUCCUCCUUUUCAAAGGCGUACGAUACGUGGAAUCCUUUGAGAGGGAAUAUUGCUGCUAUGGAUCAGAUUCCGCCUCUGCCCCCUUCCAUGGCCCCACCUAUGUUGGACUCUAAGCAGCCCAAUAGACAGCAACAGCAAGAACGAUCAGGAUGGAAAACCCUUUUGCCAGGCUUUGGACGGAGAGGCGAUGAGAUGACCACUAGGUUGAGGACUAUGUCGAGUGGCGAAGCCAGCCGAGACGACCUCCCGAGUGCUGCUACAACCAGAAUUGGGGAUGCCGCAACUCCUACUGCCAUUUACCCCGAGAAGGCAGUGAUGGACUUGAAGAAGGGAAAGGGUGUCUUUGGUGCCAUCUUGCCUGUUUACCAUGCCCGAACCCGGUCUACGGAGGACGAUAUCAAAGUAGCAGGAAAGGGUUAUGAUGAAAAGGAAUUGCCUAUCGCCCCUGAGAUCAUAGUCACCUCCCCCACGACGAUCCCCUCCUCACCCUCUGCCUACUCUAGCAAUGGAACCACGAAGAGUAGAUCCCACCGCAAAUCAUCAAGUCUCUUCACUCCCAGCACCAAGAAUCCAAAUGCCCUCCGCCCUUCCGAUGCCAGUAGCCGAUACAGCAAGUCAAACACACGCUCAGUCCGCAUGAGUGACCCGUAUGUCAACUAUGCAGCGGCAUAUGCAGCAUACGCUGGCUUCUCGGACGAAAUAGGAAAGGGAAAGAUGGAAUACGAGAAGGACAGGAUAGGAACUGGAACAAGAAGAGAAGAACGUACCGAGAACGCUAGGGUGAUUGAAUUGAAUCAGCAUUUAGGCGUUCCGCGUGAGAAAGAGAAUGUUGAUGGGAUGGAAAAACCGAAGACGAAGAUCAAGGAUAGACGGAAAGAGAGGAAAAGAGUCUCGACAUGUCUAUGUCCCAAUUAUGUGAAGGGAUUGAAUAGGCUAAGAAGGCCGAGCGCGGACAUAAAAAGGUGCCCGACUCCCGUCCUCCCUUUGUCAUUUAGGUACGGUAUGGAUAUAGAUAUGGAGAGAAGCGAGGCGGCUAGUGGGGAGAAGGAGGGAGAAGAUUGGAGAGGAGCUUACCGCGGUGUUGUUAGAUCCGUUGCCCCCCAGAUCAGCCUGUCCAAGCGUAACAACAUCUCCUAA